CAGAGCCCGACGACCUGAGACUAUUUCCACAAUGCCUGUGUAGUUUCCAUUCUGGAGCCAAUCUGCAUCAGUUUUUUUUUUACUCAUUCACAUUUAAAAAAGACUUCCCUUGAGAACUAUGACUGGAGUAUUCGACCGGAGAAUCCCGAGUGUGAAACCAGCAGAUUUCCAGAAUUCUUUCCAGCUUUCCACCAUGCAUCAUCCGUCUCAGGAAUCUCCUACUUUACCCGAGUCCACCGCCACGGAUUCUGGCUACUACAGUCCCGCCGCUGGAGUCUCUCACGGCUACUGCUCGCCGACUUCCACCUCAUACGGAAAGCCGCUCAAUGCGUACCAGUACCAGUACCCGACCGUAAACGGAUCCGCUGGAAGUUUCCCGACCAAGGCUUACACAGACUACAGCUCGUACACCACCCCCGUUUACCACCAGUAUGCUGGUUCUUACAGCAGACCUCAACUGAGUCCGCAAGAAAAGGACAUUGUGGAACCUGAGGUUAGGAUGGUCAACGGAAAGCCGAAAAAAGUGAGAAAACCUCGGACGAUUUACUCCAGUUUCCAACUGGCCGCCCUGCAGAGACGGUUCCAGAACACCCAGUACCUGGCCCUGCCGGAGAGAGCCGAACUGGCCGCUUCCCUCGGUCUCACGCAAACACAGGUGAAAAUCUGGUUCCAGAACAGGAGAUCUAAAAUGAAGAAGAUCAUGAAAAACGGCGAGCUUCCACCGGAGCACAGUCCCAGUUCCAGCGACCCCAUGGCGUGCAACUCCCCACAGUCCCCGGCGGUGUGGGACCCACACGGGCCCUCCAGGCCCCACAGCCUCCAGCCCCAAAACAUCAUCAACACGUCGGCUUCGAAUUUUUUGGAAAGCUCGGGGUCUUGGUACACCGCCUCAACCGGCACCUCGAUGCAGGCCUCCCACUUGCAGAGCCCGAACUCUAUACAACACUCUUUGGCUCUCGGAGCGGGGACGUUAUAUUGAAAAAAAAAAAAUAAAAAAAAAUGUUCAUUUCACUUUUUGUUGAAAAAAAACAAACUUCUAUGGACUCGUGUUGACAUUUCAGGGGAAUAUGCAAUGUAUUUGGCAGUCCUAGAAGACAAGGUGUAAAAUGUGUAAAUGUGUGCAUGUAAUUUAUUGCAUUUUGGAAGACUAUUAAACGUUUAA